AUGAUGGCCACGUACGACGUCAACUGUGAGCUGCGUGGGCACGAGGGUGCUAUCCGCAGUAUCUCUUCCUUGUCUACUGGCCUUCUCCUCACCGGCGCGAUGGACUCCGUAGCUCGUCUCUGGCUGCGCGACUCUAGCUCCACUAUCGAUAGCUUCAUCGCUAUGGAGAACGCCGUUAUCUUUGACCAUGAACACUGGGUUACAGCUAGUGUGGCACUUGAAGGUGGCGGCUUCGCGACUGGCAGCAUGGAUAAGAACAUCCGCCUCUUCGACGCCCAGGGCCAGCGCUAUGGACUACUCCAAGGCCACGAGGGCGGGGUCAUCUCUCUCGCGAUCUCCACAGACAGAAAACUGCUGCUCUCCGGUAGUUGGGACGGCACCGCGCGUGUCUGGAGUCUCGAGACGCUUCAAUGUCUACAGAUUCUACCAGGACACGAAAACGGCGUCUGCGUUCUGGGUCUGCCCGAUGGCUCACUAGUCACAGGCUCCACUGGGCAGCAGGUAGGCAACAGCGUGGCGAACUUCAAGUUGCGCUUCUGGGCCAAGGACACGUACGCACUGACCAAGACACUCACAGACCACCAAGGCCCCAUCAGACAGCUGGCCCUGGUACCUGAUAUCGGCUUUGUCAGUUGCUCCAAUGACGGAUCUAUCAAGUUGCGGGCGCUGGACGGCACUGUACUGGCCAGCAUGGAACAUCCUCUAAACACAGAAGGCAAACCUGGCUUCGUGUUGGGCGUUUGUGUGCUGAGCAACGGUUUCCUCGUGUCUGCUAGUGAAGACUGCACGGCGCGUGUGUGGUCACAAGAAGGGGCUCUUGUUCAGACGGUGGAGCACCCAGGAGGACUGUGGUGUGUUACUGCGCUUGGGAAUGGAGACUUUGCCACGGGUUGUGACGAUAAGGUUGUGCGGGUCUUUACACAUGAUGCGGCGCGUAUGGACCCAAGCGCGGUGGCUUCGUUCCAGGCCGCGGUGGAUGAUGCGAGGAUCGCGAAGACUCGUGGACCGAGUGGCGUGGAGAUUGACGCGCUUCCUGAUUAUGACCAUCGCGCCAGCGUCAACGGAAGUUCAGACGGCCAGAUUCAGAUGUUCCGUCGUGGUGCGAAAGCGUGGGCUUGUCAAUGGAGUGAGCCAUCGAGAACCUGGAUUGAUAUCGGAGAGGUAACUGGAACCGGUGGUGGCGGUGUGGUAGAUGGCGAGGCCUUCGACAUGGUGAUCCCUGUUGAGAUUGAGCUGCCUGGUGGUCUGAAGAAGCUGGAGAUCGGAUACAAUCAGGGUCAGAAUCCAUUCACGGUAGCUCAAGCAUUUAUCGACAAGCACAUGCUGGAUCAGGGAUACUUGAGAGAAAUCGCCGACUACAUCACACAACGUGCUGCCGAGUACCGCCCGCCUGUGCUCGGAAACGACGAUAGUGCGAUUUCCACGCCCAGCGGUGCCGCUCCUACAUGUAGUGGGUCUGCUGUCACUUCCUCUCGAUACAAGUACUUUCCUGUGCCCGGCUACAACACCUUCGAAACAACGAAAAUCACCAAGCUCAUGGCCACGUUGCGUCAGUUUAACGACAAGAUGAAAGAAUCCCAGGCACCAGAAGCUCUCAUUGACUCGCAGCUCAUCGCGCUUGACCAGAUCGCGCACACCGUUCAAGACACUGCGUUCUUCCACUCUAGCACCUUCGCUGCUGCCGAGAUCACAACGCUGAGGAGUGUGCUGGACAAGUGGCCUGCAAAGUACGCCUUCCCGACACUGGAUCUUCUCCGACUAGUCCUGGUGCACCCUCAGGGUCCAGCCGCCCUGGGUGAAGCUGGAUUGGCCACACUUGUCACCCAGGUGUUGACCUUGGGAUUGCAGCCAGGACCAACUGACGGUGACGAUGCGAUCCCAAUGUCAUCGCGGAUGCUAUCGCUGCGAGUGCUUGCAAACAUGUUCUUGCAUGACGCGGCUCGCAAGGCUAUUCUGGCUCACAAGACGGUGGUGCUGAGCAAAUUGCCGUCGUUCCAGGCUUUCCACCACAAACUUGUGGCGCUUAGUCUAUCGACCGUUCUCCUCAACUUCGCUCGCGCUCAAGUAGCAAAUCCUGGAGCUCUGACGCCUGAUGACCAGAUUGUGGUGGUCUCAUUGUCCGCCGAUCUACUCAACGGCUCGUACACUGUCCAGGAGUUGGGCGACGACACGAUCCUGCGGUCUCUCGUGACCAUCGGCACUCUGGCGCUGACUGGCGACGCUAAAGCGAAAGAAGCGGCGGGUGUGCACAUUGCCAUCUUCUCAGCUGCAAAGGCAAGUGAAGCCACUUCGCAAGUGGUUCAGGAUUGCCUGGCAGAGCUGCAACAAGUUCUCUGCUAA